AGAAAAACGGCGCGGCAGUUGGCGCGCUAGCAGCUGGAUCAACAGCAGUGGUAGCAGCAGCAGCAGCAGCAGCAGUAAGAUUAUUAACUACAACAACGAUAACAGCAGCAACAACGGCGCAGUGGCAGCAUUGUCGCAUUGGCGUUGGACGACUUGGUUGUGGUGGUGGCGGUGGCGGUGGCACAGGCCACAGUGGCGGUGGCAAUGGCGAUGGCGAUGGCAAUGGCAAUGUUGGUGGCGAUGGCGGCGCCAACCGUCCUACCGGUCGUUGGCUUGGCCAACAUUACACAUCAAUAGCCAAUGGCUGCAAGCUAUCAGACAACUAA